ACACGUGUCCUUGGAUGAAAGGGCUUCCCUCCAGCGGGGCUGCGCAGGGGCUGCGGCUGUGAUUGGACUGCGUCUCUGCCCAGUGGCUGCUGUGAUUUGAGAUCCCUGGGUGUCCUGGGUGGCUGACUCUGGGAGCUGCGGAUGGGGACGGCCGGGUGCAGCCCCUCCCAGAGGCUUCGGGCCUUGGGGGCCUUGGCCGGAGCCACCCUCCUCUUCACCCUGUGGCUCCUGUGGCAGUUCGGGCCGGCCCCCGCGAGGGUCCCCGCGCCCCCGCGAACGCUCCUCGUUCUCAUCUGGCACUGGCCCUUCGCCGACCAGCCCCCCGAGCUGCCCAGCAACACCUGCACCCGCUACGGCGUGGCCCACUGCCACCUGAGCACCAACCACAGCCUGCUGGCCAGCGCGGAUGCCGUGGUCUUCCAUCACCGCGAGCUGCAGACCCGGCGGGCCCACCUCCCCCUGGCCAGCCGGCCGCGGGGGCAGCCCUGGGUGUGGGCCUCCAUGGAGUCGCCCAGCCACACCCACGGCCUCGGUCGCCUCGGCGGGAUCUUUAACUGGGUGCUAAGCUACCGGCGAGACUCUGAUAUCUUCGUACCCUACGGCCGGCUGGAGCCCCACGAGGGCCCCGCGCCGCCCCUGCCGGCCAAGAAGGGGGUGGCGGCCUGGGUGGUCAGCAACUUCCAGGCGCGGCAGCGGCGUGUGCAGCUGUACCGGCGGCUGGCGCCCCACCUGCGCGUGGACGUGUUCGGCCGCGCCAACGGGAAGCCGCUGUGCGCCAGCUGCCUGCUGCCCACCGUGGCCCGGUACCUCUUCUACCUGUCUUUCGAGAACUCACAGCACCGAGACUACAUCACCGAGAAGUUCUGGCGCAACGCACUGGCCGCCGGGACGGUUCCCGUGGUGCUGGGGCCCCCGAGGGCCAACUACGAGGCCUUUGCACCGGCUGACGCCUUCGUGCACGUGGAUGACUUCGGCUCGGCCCAGGAGCUGGCCUCCUUCCUGGCCGGCGUGAACGCCAGCGGCUACCGGCGCUACCUGGCCUGGCGAGACCGGCUCCGUGUGCGGCUGUUUGAGGACUGGAGCGAGCGCUUCUGCGCCGUCUGCGCCCAAUACCCCCACUUGCCUCGAGGCCAGGUGUACUGGGACCUCAAGACCUGGUUCCAGGCCUGA